AUGAAAUUGGCUUUGAUUCAGUUGCCGGCAGGUCAUGACCGCGCGGACAACCUGCAACGAGGUAUUGUUGCCGCAAAGGAAGCUGCUCAGGCAGGUGCGGAAUUGAUUUGCUUCGCCGAACUGGCAUUUGAUCGCUUCUAUCCUCAACGCCAAGCCGAUGCUACGAGUUGCGAUGCAGCGGUUCCGAUUCCGGGACCCGACACAGAACCUUUUCGCGAAAUCGCUGCCGAACACAAUUGUGUUAUUGUCCUCAACCUCUUCGAGCGCUGUGGGAGCCAGACCUUUGACAGCUCACCGGUAAUCGACAUUGAUGGCAGGAUACUGGGCACGACACGAAUGGUUCACAUCACUGACUAUCCCUGUUUCCAUGAACAAGGAUACUACUCGCCCGGGGAUACCGGCGCGCCGGUAUACGAGACUGGAAUCGGCCGCAUCGGUGUUGCCAUUUGCUACGAUCGACACUUCCCGGAAUACAUGCGAGCGUUGGGCGUGGCACAGGCAGACGUUGUGGUUGUUCCACAGGCAGGAGCAGUCGAUGAAUGGCCCGAAGGACUGUACGAAGCCGAAAUGCGUGUGGCAGCCUUUCAAAACGGCUACUUUACCGCUUUGUGUAAUCGAGUUGGCGAGGAAGAAUGCUUGACGUUUGCAGGUGAGAGCUUUGUUUGCGCGCCGGACGGAAACGUUGUCGCUCGUGCAGGAUCUGGCGAGGAGAUCUUGUAUUGCAACAUUGACCUGAAUGAAAUCGACAAGAGUCACGCAAGGCAGCUAUUCCUGCAACAUCGCCAACCUUCGCUUUACCCUGAUUGGAUCUAG